UGUAGACAUAAUUACAAUCAAUUAUAUGGGUGGGUGGUUAUAUAGCUUUGACUCAAACAUGACUCCAGUCGGUAGGUGGCGGUAGCGCGCACGUCACGUCGCCCGCGAACCGUCGGUCAAACUCGGAGAAGAAACAGUGUGAGUGUCUGAGGUAACCGUGAGGACUGAAGUCACCGCGUGAAGGUAAAAAUGCAGACACCAGCGGAGUCGAUCCUCCACAGCGGCUAUUUCCACCCGUCGCUCCGAUACUGGCAGACCUCCUCUGCCGAUCUAAGACCUGACAAUCUCAUCUACCCGAUCUUUGUCACAGACAGUGAAGAUGCAGUGGAGCCCAUUGGCAGUCUCCCGGGACAGGCCAGAUACGGGGUGAACAAGUUGGAGGGCAUGUUGCGGCCACUUGUGGAGAAUGGCUUGAAAUGUGUGCUGAUAUUUGGUGUACCUGCAAAAGUAGAAAAGGAUGAAAGGGGUUCAGGUGCCGACACAGACGACACACCGGCUGUGCUGGCAGUGAAGAAGAUCAGGUCUUUGUUCCCGGAGCUGCUGGUGGCGUGCGACGUCUGCCUGUGUCCCUACACGUCACAUGGCCACUGUGGUAUCCUGAAUGAUGACGGCACUCUGAACAAUGAUGCUAGCUGUCUGCGAUUGGCAGAAGUGGCGCUGGCUUACGCUCGAGCUGGCUGUCACAUCAUUGCUCCCUCUGAUAUGAUGGACGGAAGAGUCAGAGCCAUAAAACAAGCUCUGCUCUCCAAUGGCUUAGGAAACAAGGCUUCAGUGCUGAGCUACAGUGCAAAGUUUGCCUCAUGUUAUUAUGGACCUUUCAGAGAUGCUGCACAGUCCAAACCAGCGUUUGGGGACAGACGCUGCUAUCAGCUGCCUCCUGGAGCGAGGGGGCUCGCCAUUCGAGCUGUGGAGCGAGAUGUGAGAGAAGGAGCUGAUAUGCUGAUGGUGAAACCAGGUCUGCCCUAUCUGGACAUCCUGAGAGAAGUCAAGGACAAGUUCCCCAAUCACCCUCUGGCGGUGUACAAUGUGUCAGGGGAGUUUGCCAUGAUGUGGCACGGAGCACAGGCUGGCGCAUUUGACCUGCGGGCCGCUGUGAUGGAGGCCAUGACCGCCUUCCGUAGAGCAGGUGCUGACAUCAUCAUCACUUAUUAUGCACCUCAGCUUCUCAGCUGGCUGAAGGAGUAAAGAAUGAACAUCUGAGGCCAAAAGAUCGACGGACCAACAGGCGGACUCCUUCACAAGUACAAACUUGCUGCUGACUUAGUCAUACUAACAAAGGGCACUGUGUGAAAUCAAUUGUAUCAAAACAAUGUAUGAAAGUAAGCAAACCUUUUAUUUUUAGACCUCUAUUUUACUAUCUUGACAAUCUUGUUGGUGUUUCGAAGCAGGAAAUGUUUCCUGUGGGUCAUUAGGAUCAGCAUUGAAUGAAAGAAGUCAUCUCUCUUAACUAAUGUGAUUAUGGAAUGUAUAUUUGUAUGAAUGGCGGUCACAAAUGUCUAGUAUAUGCAGUGUGUGACUGCUGCCCCUGCUUUAGCACUGUCAUUGCCAAACCUAUCUUAUUGUUGGGAGGAAAUAAAAUCAUUCAUUCAGAGCUACAAGA